AAGCUUCGUUUCAGUCAUCAAACAACGAAAAUUGCUAGUUAGAUCUGACAACGCUUCUGACGGUCAUUAAGAGAGGCUAGGCCAAUUGUAUCUCUCAUACCACGACCAUUUCGCUACGCGCUUAAACAGCUGCCUGGAGAUAGCGUAUCAGAUAACGCUUCCACUCCGCCAUGCAGGCUAUGCCAGAUGCUCGUCAACAGACCUUCGAGGAGAUCUACGGACCACCGGAGAACUUCCUCGAGAUAGAGGUCAAGAACCCUCAAACACUGGGAACCGGGCGGAACAUGUAUACCACCUACGAGAUCGAAUGCCGGACCAAUAUUCCAGCCUUUAAGCUUCAGCACUCGAAAGUCCGCCGUCGGUAUUCCGACUUUGAAUAUUUCCGCGAUAUUCUUGAGCGAGAGAGUGCACGUGUGACUAUUCCACCUUUGCCGGGUAAGGUGUUCAUGAAUCGAUUUUCGGACGAUGUUAUCCAGCACCGCAUGGAGGGUCUGCAGGCCUUCCUUCGCAUUGUCGUUGGACACCCGCUGCUACAGACGGGCAGCAAGGUGCUGGCUAGCUUUGUACAAGAUCCGAAUUGGGACAAGAACUCGUGGUAAACGGGAAUAUAUAUUGAAAUAUCUCCACCUCACAAUCAUCUCGGUGCCAACACAAAUCAUCAUGGAAGGAUUGUUGUGGGAUUCAAUACUCGCCGAUCGCUCCAGCCAAAUCGAAACCGAACGUGCUCCAUUUUUUGCUCUGCUCUGCAUCAUACAUUUGCGUUUUAUUUAAGAAUUUUUUUUUUUUUUUUUU